AUGGUUUCCACCGAGGCCGAAGCCGCUUUCAAAGCCGAGCUGGAGAAGGCUAGCUACGAAAAGUGAGUGAACCCAUACAAUCUGCCUAAUGCACUAAUGCAAAUUUACAUGACAGUUUUGUUGUGAGCGAAAUGUAAGAGUAAUUAGUUUUGCUGAGCGUGUAAGCAGUGAGCGGUUGUGUAAUAUCUGGGUAUGAAGGCUUCGACGGAAUGUUCGGUUUCUAGCUUCAAGCAUAAGCACAGGUGUGGUGUUGUUUAUGUUGUGUUUGUGCUUGUUUUCAGGGGUUAUUCACAGUGCUUGAGGGGUUUUUGUACGAUUCCUUAGGGUUUUUCUGGUUUUCAUGGUAAAAUACUGUAAUUUUCGUUACUAUAAAGGAAAAUUACUGUAGUUUUCGAUAUUAUUUACUGUGUUAUAGGUUUUGUAGACUUUUGAAAGGUUUGUGUACCAUUAUUGUGGUUUUUACACGGUUUUUGAGGGUUUUAUCUACCAUUUUUAAAGGUUUUGUCGAGUGCUAAUUUAUAUUACUGUAACUUUUUUAUUAUUUACAGUGUGAUUUGGAAAAUGAUUAUUUGGGAUCAGAUAAUCGGGGUGAUUAAUAUAUUUGGUUGAAUGUGAGUAUGCUAAACAGCCUAAUAUUAUCAUAACGGCUUUUAUGACAACAUGUCUGUUGAGGACAGCUCUAAACUUGGAUUUGAACGCUGUUUUUGGUACAAAAAGUAACUUCGUUGACUGUUCUUCCUGUUUUGUGGCUUUAAAUCUACCUAAAGUAGUGUUUUUUACUUCUAACUUUAUAUAUUUAAAGUUUUUCAACUUGGAUAUUUUGGAUUUUAAUGUUUUUUAAACUUCGUAUUUUAGACAAGAACAAAAGAAUGAAUAUCUGCACGCUUCGACCAACCUCGAGCAUCUGUGCCGCCUCGACAUCCGUGAGCCACCUCAUUCGGUCCGUAAAACUGGUAUCAUCUGUACCAUCGGUCCCGCUUGCCGUUCUGUGGACAUGCUUCAGAAGAUGAUUGUUAAUGGUAUGAACAUUGCCCGUAUGAACUUCUCUCACGGAUCCCACGAGUAUCACGGUGAAACCAUCAAGAACGUUCGUGAAGCUGCCAAAUCCUUUGACGAGGAGAGAAUCAUCGCUAUCGCUUUGGACACCAAGGGACCAGAAAUUAGAACUGGCCUUCUGAACGGAAGUGGAUCGGCCGAAAUUGAACUUGUCAAGGGAAGCAGCAUUCGUUUGUGCACUGAUAAGAAUUUGGAACAGUCUGGAACUGCUUCCAACUUGUAUGUCGACUAUACCAACAUCACCAAAGUGUGCCAAGUCGGAUCAAAGGUAUUUAUCGAUGAUGGACUCAUCUCUUUGGUCGUCAACGAAGUCAGUAAGUACUUUUUUCAGUUUACCUUUGUCUUUAGGUGCUAAAAUCUUAAAGUUUAGUUAAAAAUAGUCAUAUCUGUGUUUAGAUGAUUGAUAUUAAUAGUUUCUUUGUUUAGGUGAAGACGCUUUGGUGUGCACGGUCGAGAACGGUGGCAUGCUCGGCUCCAGAAAGGGUGUCAACCUUCCAGGAACACCAGUCGAUCUCCCAGCCGUCUCAGAGAAGGACAUUAAGGAUUUGAAGUUUGGUGUCGAACAAGGUGUCGACAUGAUCUUUGCUUCAUUCAUCAGAAACGCCGAAGGAGUUCGUACCAUCAGAAAGAUCCUCGGUGAAGAAGGAAAGAACAUCAAGAUCAUCUCCAAGAUUGAGAACCAAGAAGGUGUAGACAAUGUGGAUGAGAUCAUUGCCGCAUCCGAUGGUGUCAUGGUGGCUCGUGGAGACUUGGGUAUUGAGAUUCCAGCUGAGAAGGUGUUCUUGGCCCAGAAGAUGAUGAUCAGCAAGUGUAACAGAGCCGGCAAAUCUGUGAUUUGUGCUACACAAAUGUUGGAAUCUAUGGUUCACAAGCCUCGUCCAACUCGUGCUGAAGGAUCUGAUGUCGCUAAUGCUGUAUUGGAUGGAGCUGACUGUGUUAUGUUGAGUGGAGAAACCGCCAAGGGUGAAUAUCCUUUGGAGGCUUUGAAGAUCAUGCAUUACGUAAGUUUAAAAGGGGUUUACUGUAUGAUUUCAUAGAGUAUAAGAUAGUACAAUAUGUUAAGGUAUAGGAAACGAAUUUUGAAGUUUGAAAUGCAUUUUAUGUUAAAUAUUGAUAUAAAAUGAUUUAAUUUGAUGAUUUUGGUUUACAGAUUUGCAAAGAAGCCGAGAGCGCCGUGUUCCACAUCAAGUUUGUCGAGGAGUUGAACAGAUUAACUCCAAGACCAACUGAUAAUGCCCACACCAUCGCUAUAGCCGCCACUUCAGCUGCGUCAGCUUGCCACGCCAGCGCUAUCAUCUUGUUGACCACCAGUGGAAGGUAUGUUAUUUAACAACAUUGAUUUUAUAUUUUCAACUGAUAAUUUUUAGCCUUUUCUGGGAUUUUUAUGAAUUUUUUCAUUUUUAAAACUAAUUUUUAUGCUUUUCAGAUCUGCUGAGCUGUGCUCACGAUUCAAGCCCCAAGUUCCAAUCAUUGCCAUCUCGAGAAACCCCCAAACUGCUCGCCAACUCCAUCUGUACCGUGCCGUGUUCCCACUCCACUACAACAAGGAGAGGAAGCCGGAAUGGGCUGCUGAUGUCGAUGCUCGCAUUAACUAUGGUAUCUCGAUUGGCGCUGACAGAGGCUUCAUCCACAAGGGAGACCCGAUCGUGGUAAUCACCGGAUGGAAGGAAGGCUCCGGCUACACCAACACCGUCCGCAUCAUCACCGCCCCUUAG